AUGUCGCGCCUCUCGCUAGCCCGUUUCACGCUGCCUCUCAGCCGGACCUUGCCCCGCCUCAUGCACACAGACGGCCGCCAAGUCGACCACUCCUCCGCCCCGGCCCCUCACCAACCCCCACCCAGCCCAUUGACUGUCGCUCCCCUGCCCAACCCCGACCCCGCUGCCAUCAACACUCCAGUAACGGCUCCAUCUACUACUCCCUCAGCUCCUCGCUUAACAAGGCGUGGUACCCCCAUUCCCACUCGUCCCGCCCGAAAAAUCCCUACCACUCUUCCCAAUGGCGAUCUUGAGCCUCCCUUUUACCCCCCACCCCCUGAGUACUUUGUCGAGCGGGAAGAGAGAGAUACGGCGCUGCUAGGAAAGGCGGGGCCAGUGCACCCGCUCUGGAAGUUUUUCCAUGUGCCUGUAGCGAACCGAUUGGAAGAGGGAGCGAACUGGCCGAACAGCACCGGCAGUUUGGAAGAAUUGAAACAGGAUGAUAUGAGCUUGCAUAGUGGUCGAGCGUGGUCAGCCGCCGAGCUGAGACAAAAGUCCUUCCAAGACCUCCACACCCUCUGGUAUAUCCUCGUCCGUGAGCGCAACGUUCUCGCCACCCAGAACGCGGAGAGGAAGAGACUCGGUAUUGGACACCACGCCGAAGGCAUCUUCAACACCAAGCGUGCUUUCCGAUGCCGAAAAACAAUGGCUAGGAUCAAGUACGUCCUGAACGAGCGUCGACUGGGUCUCGUUGCCACCGCUGGUCCCCACCUCCCCGAUGCCCCCCGUGUCCCUUGGUCCUCGUCCCCGACCACCGAUCCCGCUGGUUCGACCGAUGCUAUUCGCGGUGUCCAGCCCCUCUCCCCCCGUCUCGCUGCUUUCCUGCGUGACUACCCAUCCGUUGGAGGUGGAAAUGCCGUGGCAGAAGAGAGUUCCUUUGUGGAGGAUGGGGAGGUUGCGGAGGAGGAGGUCGAGGCGAGGGAUGAAGGUUUCGGAGGGGGUGAGGAAGCGAAGGAAUUUGACGCUGAGACAGUCGUGAACGAUGGGAAGGUUGAGAAGAAGGAAUAG